CUUUACUUGACAUGGAAAUCCUCAUUGGAAUUAUUUUCAUAUUUGUGAAUGUCAAAGGCGAGACAGGAGCUACUCAUAUGCAAUCAAAGUGUAGAAAUACGGAACUAAUAGAUGGAGUGAGUGUCAACUGUUCUGGUCUUCAACUACAAUCUAUUCCGGAUUUUUGUAAAAAGAACAAUCCGGAGAUCGAUCUUUCCAUUCCUCCAAAUAAAAUAAUAAACCUUGAUUUAUCUAACAAUGCUAUAACACGUAUCGCGCAAAACCCAUUCCAUUGCCUGUAUAAUCUUCGAGUUUUGAAUUUAGAAAACAACGAUAUCAAAUUUUCCAGUUACAACGAAAGCUUGUUUUCGUCUUUGGUGUCGUUGCAUCAGCUGAAUCUCAAGCGCAACCGGGACGGAUUUGUAAAUGAUAAAGUGUUUGGAAAGUUGCUAAAUUUAGAAGUGCUCCGGAUGGAUGAUUCUAGUGGAAAUGAGUUCGGAGAACCUUUCUCUUUGUUGACGUCAUUGCACACAUUGGACCUCUCUGGAAUAACAGGGAAGUGUCAUUUAAGGCACAUCAAAAAAAUAACCUUUGAAAAUUUAAUACAUUUGAAGGUUUUAGACCUUUCUUCGUGCAUGAUCAAAUAUAUCGAUAAUGGAUCUUUUAGUAUGCUUCAAAAUUUGACGGAAUUAUAUCUUUCCUAUAAUCAUGAACUAGGUUUCGAACCAUUACAAAACAUAACAUUCAAUCUGAAAAAUACCAAAAUUGAAACACUACAUUUGGACAAUAUUCGGUGUUUCAUGGGACCGGGAACGACCCUUUGUCGGGAGCACUUGGGGGAACUUUCGCAGACUUCUCUAAAGGAGUUAAAUUUGGCCGGAAAUAGACUGGAAUGGAUGGAGAUGGGUGUUCUGAAUGGGCUACCAAAGAGCCUCGAGAAACUUUCAUUAGCAUACAACAAACUUUCAACAGGGAUGUAUGCGUUUGAGUACCGUUUACUCACAAGUUUAAAAGAAUUAGAUUUGAGUCAUCAAUUAAACCCACCUAGUAUCGUAUCUAAAAUAUUCCAAUCCUGCAACGAAAAUCAAGACAAGCAUAGUUGUUCUACAGAACAUGUGUCAAACCCAUUUAUAAAAAGUGAACGACUGGAAAAGAAGUCCGACCUACUAAUUACAUUUUAUAUGCCACCUAAACUUGAGGUAAUGCAUUGGGAAUCAAGUCGUUUAUAUGGAAGUUUAUUGAAGAUGGGAAUAAAAGCAAUGUCCUUGAGAUCGAUCUACAUGAAGAACAACAUUUGGUACAACUGGAUUGGUCCCCUCUAUGGAUUUGAAAACGUAACAACAGUGGAUCUAUCGAUGAACUUUUGCAACAACAUAUCUACAGAAUUCUUGACGUACUUCACCAACAUCAGGAAUUUUAACAUGUCAGGAAACUACCUUGGCAAAAGUUUAUCCCUCGAUCACUCGGGACUGACAUUUAGAAAUCAGUUAAAUUUAGAGGUAUUAGAUUUAUCAAACAAUGGCAUUUACAUUCUGCAUAACGGAAUUUUUGCAAACGCUGCAAACAUAACUCAUUUGAUAUUGAAAGAAAACAGAUUGUACAAGUGGGAUGUUAAAAUUGACCACAUGAGGAAGCUGGUUUUUCUGGACCUUUCUGACAAUCGCUUGACAAGAUUUGAAUCCCCAGCCAUGCAAAACCUAGAGGAUCUGUUCAAUUAUGGCAAUAAAAAUUUAACAGUGGACUUGACAAACAACGGACUCUCUUGCACCUGCAGUGACAUUAAAUUCUUAUUGUGGCUAAGAUCAUUUAAGUCAAAUUUUAAAAAUUUUGGCAAUUACACUUGCUUGGAAGAUUCAUCUCCCCUUCAUUUAUCUCUAAAUUUGUUGAUGACUAGUUGUAAAUCUUUUCUCGUCUGGUAUAUCGUUGGUUCCGUUUCUUGCUCUUUAGUAAUCAGUUUAUCUUUCAGCUAUCUAAUUUACAGAAACAGAUGGAAAAUACGGUACCUACGAUAUAUUGCCAAUAAAAGCCUUCGAGGCUAUCAUCGGCUUCAGUCAAGCUGCAGCGAAGGUUUCGAAUUCGACGCUUAUGUUUCAUAUUCUAUUAAAGAUUUAGCAUUUGUGAAAAAUGAAAUGAUCCCCAACAUAGAAGAACGGUCUGAUAUGAAACUAGCAAUAAUGCAUAGGGACGAUUUAGCAGGCGAGAUUCAAACCACAAAUAUAAUGGAUUGCAUCAGCCGAAGUAAGCGAACUGUAUGCGUGGUUUCCAAAAACUAUCUGGAGUCUGAUUGGCAGGACUACGAGUUAAACAUGGCCAGGAUGGAAGGAAUAAGCGCAAGGAAGACGUUGAAUUUCGUGUUUUUAAUCCUUAUGCCAGAUGUCUGUCAGUCUAAGUAUCCAAGAAAAGCACGUGACUUCAUCAAAAAAGGUUAUUUCCUAGAGUACCCGGAUGACCCUGUCGGGAAAAGGGUGUUUUGGGAAACGUUGAGAAAUGAAAUAAAGAAAGACGUAGUACCUGCUUCGAACAUUUAG